AUGUCUCUCCGAUCUAUCUUCAUGGCUGCGGCUGCCAUUUUCGCUACUUCCAACGCUCACAUGAUCAUGAAAUCUCCUGUACCAUACAGUGCAGAUAAAAUCGACAACGCACCCAUCACCGCAUCGCAAUACCCGUGCAAGUCUAAUCUUGGCUUCACUGUCUCGACUAUGAACUCGAUGGCUGUCGGUCAAAAGCAAUCACUCACUUUCUCUGGAAGUGCUGUUCACGGGGGUGGCUCGUGCCAGCUCAGCGUCACUACAGACACCGAACCUACAAAGGAUUCCGUCUUCAAGGUCAUCAAGUCUAUCGAGGGUGGCUGCCCUGGUAUCGACGGACCCGAGGCUUUCGACUUCGAGCUUCCUGACAGCAUCCCCAACGGCAAAGCUACCUUUGCUUGGACAUGGUUCGCCAAGUUGAGUGGCGGCCCAGAGAUGUAUAUGAACUGCGCACCCAUCGAGGUUACUGGUGGUGCCAGCGACAAGUCCAAGUUCGACGCCCUUCCAGAUAUGCUCGUCGCCAACAUUGCAUCAACCACUUGCAAGCAGGAAGUCAGCAAGGACUUGAAGUUCCCCAACCCUGGUUCAAACCUCCAAAGUGGUGCAGAUGCCGGCAAUGUUGUUGACCCCAGUGGCGACUGCGGAUCUACUGGUACUACACCCUCUGAUCCUUCUGAGCCAUCUUCCCCUGCUGGUGGCCAGUCCUCAGCUGCUCCCUCAUCUCCUGCUGGUGGAGAGCCAUCUGCAGCUCCCACUUCUGCAAACGAUGGUCAGUACCAUCCUGCUCCUACCACCCCCGCCGCGGGUCAGCCAUCUGCCGUUCCCACAUCUGUUGCUGGUGGCGAGUCAUCUGCUCUCCCGCCCAAUGGCGGGGGUGUCUUCGCUCCUGGAGCAUCUAGCGCUGCAUCUAUCGCUCCCCCAGCCGUACCCACAGUGCCAUCGACGUCCACCACACUCGUUACUGUUACCGCCUCACCCACUGCUCCCUCUCCGGUCGCACCCACCGUUCCUGCUGGAACCGGCUCUCCUGCCGCUCCUUCUAUGCCUUCAACUCCUUCAGCUGGUGGCGCGGGCACUUGCACCGAGAACGGCUCUGUGGUCUGCAACGGCGCCGAUCAAUUUGGUCUCUGCAACAACGGCGAGGUCGUCUGGCAAGCCGUCGCAGCCGGCACAACCUGUGUCAACGGCAGCAUCACAAAGCGUGGUUACAACGGACGCAUCGCUCGUCCUCGUUGGUCCAGCCGCCGCGUUGUCAACUAA